AUGGCGCCAACCGCAGAAAAGGACGGCCACAAGGCCAAGGACGAUUCUACUCACGUAAAGGAGCUCUACCCCAUGGUGAACUGGAAGUAUGACUUGUUCCUGUAUAUGAUGGGAAACUUGGUCGACUUGUUCUUCCGCGAGGUCGUGCCGCGAGGAUCUUGGAAAGUUCCGCAAUCCGGACCAGUUCUGUUCGUCGCAGCACCACAUGCGAACCAGUUUGUCGAUGGCCUGGUGCUUCUACGAACCCUUAGACAGGAGGCCGGUCGUCGGGUGUCUCUGCUCAUUGCCCAAAAGUCAGUUCACGGCUUCAUUGGCUGGGCCUCUCGACAAGCGGGCGCUGUGCCCGUUGGUCGUGCACAAGAUGCUACAAAGUCGGUGCCGGGUACCAUCUACCUCCCCGAUCCCGUUAACGAUCCUACUCUUGUUCGCGGCGUUGGCACAAACUUUGGUACCGGCGACGGCCAGAUACACGGCAUGGUCUUUUUGCCGCCGGGGAAGAAGACUGCCUCUGUGAGCAGCGAUAUUGCGCAAAUCCUUGGCCCCGAGGAAAUUCGACUCAAGCGGCCCUUCAAGGGAAAGCUUGCCAUGCAACAACUGACCGGCCGCGACGACAUUGACGAGGACGGAAAGUUUACAAACAAAAGCAUCAAGGGUCCCGCACCGGGAUAUGAAGGCACAAAGUUCAAGGCGGCACCGAACAUUGACCAGACAAAGGUCUACGAGGCUGUCUUUUCACGACUACGACAUGGUGGGUGUGUCGGCAUCUUCCCCGAAGGCGGUAGUCACGACCGCACCGAGCUCCUCCCUCUCAAGGCCGGUGUUGCCAUCAUGGCGCUUGGAACGUUGGCCGAAGCACCGAACUGCGGGCUCAAGAUAGUCCCGGUGGGCAUGAAUUACUUUCACGCUCACAAGUUCCGAAGCAGAGCGGUUGUCGAGUUCGGCACGCCGUUCGAGAUUCCUCCGCAUUUGGUGGAACUGUACCGCAACAACCAGCGAAGGGAAGCUAUCGGUCAGGUAAUCGAUACUGUGUACCAGUCUCUCAGUGCAGUCACCGUAUCGGCGCCAGACUACGAUACCCUCAUGGUCAUUCAAGCAGCGCGAAGACUGUACAACCCCACUGGAAAGAAGCUCCCUCUGCCGGUCGUGGUCGAGCUCAACAGACGACUUGCCAUGGGUUAUGAGCGCUACAAGAAUGACGAACGCAUCACAUCCUUAUCAGCGUCGGUCAAGAACUACAACUUACAACUUCGCUAUCUCAGCCUCAAGGACCAUCAGGUCCAGUACGCUAGAAUGUCCAUUCUCAAAGUCCUCUUCCUCCUUGUGUACCGCUCCAUCAAGCUUUUGCUUCUGUUCUUCUGUACCGUUCCAGGCUUGCUCCUCUUUGCCCCCGUCUUCGUAGCAACCAAGAUUAUCAGCAUUCAAAAGGCAAACACUGCGCUGGCGGGCUCAACUGUCAAAGUCCGAGGCCGCGACGUCAUGGCCACGUGGAAGAUUCUCGUCGCCAUGGGUCUGGCUCCUACCCUCUAUCACUUUUACUCCAUCAUUAUCGUAUUCAAGGUCUGGCAGGACAGGUUAUGGGGCUACGUUCCUAUGUGGGUGCCUUUGUGGCUGGCGUACAUUGGCAUCUGGCCAGCCAUGAUUGGCCUCACCUUUGCAGCCUUGCGUUUUGGCGAGGUUGGCAUGGACAUUUUCAAGUCACUCCGACCCUUGAUCCUCUGUUUGGUGCCCAGUUCUGACUUUAACAUUCAUACUCUGCGGCUCCGACGGGCAGAGCUGAGUGCCCAAGUCACGGAUUUGAUCAACACACUGGGCCCUGAAAUGUUCUCCGACUUUGACAAGACUCGCCUUGUGCCGGACGUGUCCAGGCUGGAGAGCGGUGGCGCCACUCCCGAGAGAGCGCACAAGCGCAAAGACAGCGACCAGUCCAACACAAGCGCCGACGUGGAGACUCCUCCGAUGCUUUCUCGUCGCAGCACGACGCAGUCCAGCCGUGCUCUUCCACGAAACGACUCCUUCAGCAACAUUGGUACUGUCGGCAUCUUCUCCACUCGUCCCCCAUCCCGAUCGAGAAGCAGGUCACGGUCUAGUAGUGCUGGAGGCGGCUUCGGCUCGGGGGGCUUCCCCAUCAGCGGGUUUACCACUCUGGAUUCUGCCGAGGGCUUCAACGAGGCGACAAGAAAGAUUCGAGAGGCGAUGAAGAAUCGCAGGAAGAAGUCAGACAAGCUGCAUGCAGCGGAUGACGACGACGAUGAGGACAGCGAAGAGGAGGGAUAUGACGAGGCGAGGAAGAAGAAUAUCUAA